GCUUAAAAAAGUAGCGUCGUCUUGAAAGCUUCGCCAAUCAAAAAGUUUACGUCAAGCAAAUAGUUCGUCUUCUGUGGAACUGAAACAUUUUAAUACGGCAAUAAAAUGAUACAAUCGGAAACAACUGCGGAACACGAUAAUGUAAAAAGCGAUACAACUGUGGCGACAUUGACCUCGGAAGUCAAGGUAUUGUCCAUUGGUAAUCGGAGGCGAAACUUCAGGUCUAAAAAAAAACCGGUGGUUAAGUUUGAUAUGAAUGUUUUUCUUGACAACUGCAAGAAGCAUUUUGGACUUCUUCUAAUGGGAACUCGUACGCCCACAGAAGUGGCCAUGAAUUGGUCUAUGAUGCAAUUUCUUGAAAUGAAAAGAAUCGAGGAGGAUAAUCAAGUAAAACGCUUUCAAUUCUAUUGCCAUCCCAGUGGUAGGGAUAGUGGUUAUAUGAUGUAUGGCCAGACAGUUAAUGCCGAGGCAGUAUUACACGAUAUAAGAAAGCGACUGAAGCAAGAAAAUUGGACUUCAAAAUAUGUUUUAGAAAUGCCUGUUAACGAAAAUUGUUAUAAGGGCUAUAGAUCUAAGGUUGAUCAAAUAUUUGCUGAGGCCCUUGACGCUGAAAGGUACAGAAUUUUUCAGUUUUUGUAUUAUUUACACAAAGAACAUGUUAAAAAAUGUUAGCAAUGUGAAAAAUUGCCUGUUCUUUUUUUUCAAAAAUUAUAAGGUUAUUCGCUAAAGUUGUCAUAUGAUGAUUAGCUUUUAAAUGUGAUAUUAAUAUGCAUAAAUUUUUUACUUAAGAAACAAAGCCUUAAUAUACGUUAGAGUAUAUCUUAUUAUAGAUUCUGGCCUUCUACUUGAUAUUAUCAUUGUAAAUAUUGUACUACAAUCUAUAUCUGACUGUAAAAUGCUAUUAAUAUGUAACAACAAAAGCAUUAAUAAACUAAAGGACGGCUGUAACAAAUACAUUUGUGCAUAAAUAGCCAUAUACACACACACAUGUAUAUUUAUAUCUGUACAAAUAAACAAACAACUUGCCAAUAUGUAAACAACGAGCAAUGUACAAAAA